AUGAGCGCGCCUGCCCUCAGGUUUGCUAGGCAAUUCCUCGACGCUCAUGAGAUCGACGUGAGGGACGGCAAGAUCGAGAGCAUAAUCGAUGUGGAAACGACCACCGCCGCGAAGUCUACCACGUCGGCGUCCGCGACCACAACGGCGCCGCCCGUGGUCAUCCUUGUGGACGACCAGCCCGCGCCGGCGAACAUCACUAGUGCCCCGAAGCCGAGGAAGGGCAGACGUGGCCGCAAACGGCUCCCGAGGUCGCCGCGAAGGGGACGGCCGACGAGGAAAAGGUUCAGAUCAAGAUACGAGUACGAUGACAGAGGGUCGCGACACCGCAACAUCGAGUACCGCAUGGCCGCAGACGACCCCCGUUUCGACCCCCAGGUGGACCUUCGUACGCGCCUCGACACUCUGCGCCCACUCAUCGCCACCGCAAACUUAAUGAACUCGCGCUUCGGAAGAAAGGCGGUGUCGAGCGGGAUGCGCACAAAGUGCACGUGCCACGGCGUGUCGGGCUCGUGCUCGGUGCGCACGUGUUGGCGCGCGCUGCCGCCGAUGGCGCGCGUGGCGGCCUCGCUGGCGGCCGAGGCGGCGCGCGCGGGCCCUUUGAGGGCGCACAACAGGCGCCGCGCGAGGCCGCGCCCCCGCCUGCGCUACGUCACGCCCAGUCCCGACUACUGCGAGCCGGAGCCGGCCGCCGGCUCGCUCGGCACCCACGGCAGGUACGCUGCAGCGCGCGGACCCGAUGAUGUCAUAUACAGAUACGGUUGCCUCGUAUCCGUAUAUAAACGCAAAAGUGAACAGGUUUAUACUGAGCUAGCGCGCUUUCCAUCAACGGCUGCAUCACCACUUACCGUCAGGUGGGAUGGCAGUCAAGUGCUGACCAGGAAGUGCAACGCCAGCCUGGGCGGGGCUGCGGGCGGGUGCGCGCGCCUGUGCUGCGGUCGGGGCCGCCGCGCCGUGCGCUCGAGCCGCCUCGAGCGCUGCCGCUGCCGCUACCACUGGUGCUGCCGCGUGGACUGCCAGCUCUGCCGAGUCACCACCGAGGAGCACUUCUGCAAC